CGUCCUGUAUAACUGCUCUCCCACAAACCCUUCAGCUUCAGAAAUCACAAGGAAAACCAAUUAGUCUCUGAGUUGAUUCUUAAACCUUUGAAUCUUUUCAAAAAUGGAAAAGGAAGAGGUUGUUCUGUUGGAUUUCUGGGCAAGUCCCUUCGGGAUGAGAGCCAGGAUCGCUUUGGCCGUGAAAGGCAUAAACUACGAGCACAAGGAAGAAGAUUUGAGCAACAAGAGUGGUUUGCUUUUGAAAACCAACCCGGUUCUUAAGCAAAUCCCGGUUCUAAUCCACAAUGGGAAACCCGUUUGUGAAUCGCUCAUCGUGGUUCAGUAUAUUGACGAGGUUUGGCCUCACAGAUCUCCUCUGCUCCCUCUUGAUCCUUACCAAAGAGCCACUGCUAGAUUCUGGGCAGAUUUCGUCGAAAAGAAGAUAUGUAGUCUCGAGAGCAGGAAAAUAUGGGCAGCAAAGGGAGAAGAGCACGAAGCAGCAAAGAAAGAGUUCAUCGAGAGCUUGAAACUGCUGGAAGGAGAGCUCGGAAACAAGGCUUAUUUUGGUGGCGAAAAUCUCGGUUAUGUCGAUGUUGUGUUGGUUCCGAUGUAUAGCUGGUUUUAUGCAUACGAAAAGUGUGGGAAUUUCAGUUUCGAAACAGAGUGUCCGAAGCUGGUUGCAUGGGCUAGAAGGUGCUUGGAGCAAGAGAGUGUUUCCAAGUCCCUGCCUGAUCAAGAGAAAAUCUACGAGUAUGCUUUGCAAUUGAAGAAAAGGUUUGGAUUUGAGUGAAGUUCAAGACAAGAACAACAAGAGCAAUACUGUGUUUGGAAAUAAAUUUGAGCACUUAGUAGUGCUUUGGGAUGGUGAUUUGGUACUUGUUUUGUAAGUUCGAGUUUGAAUUUAGAAUUUAAUGUCAAUUAGAAUUAAAACGACUUUAGUUA